UCAUUUGCUCUCCAAAACUGAUUCUCGAUAUUUUGAAAUCCCUAUCCAUUUCAAACUCGAUAUUUCAGUUCAUCAAUCGGAAAAUGGGACAAUCGACUAAUCUUCCAAAAUCAAAAGGUACCAAACGGCCUGCUGCCCGUUCCUCGGAUAUUGAGUCCGACGCUGCCACCUUGAGGGCCCGGAAAAUACAGGAGCUAAUGGCCGCAACGGAUAAAGUAAGGGAAGCAAGAUCUGAAUUCUUUACGCAAUUAAAAGAUUUGCCACCGGAUCUAAGGAGGUUAAAGUCCAUCAAGAUUGUAUGCUACGCGAUGAUGAAGCUUUUGGGGUAUUCACAAGCUGAACCACAAAAUGGAAAAGAAGUAGAUCUUGUGUCAAUGAUGAGACAGGCAAUGAAGGAGGAGAAGUGUGAUUGCCCGAAAGGGAUUGAGGCCAUGGAACACAUAGUGAAGGCCAUAGAACGCAGAUCUGAAUUUAUACGAAACUUUUGCAUGCCAAGGGAUGAGGUUCCUGAGCCUGAGGGCGGGAGAGUUGGGGAUGAUGAUGCUGUGGCUACAAAUGCUAUUGAGGCCGAACAAGAUGUUCCUGAGGCUGAUAAUCCUGAGGUUUAGUUCCAUCCGAUGAUCGUUUUGGUAAAGGAAAAACAUUGGAGGUGAAUGAAGAACAAGAACAGAAUGUUUUGGAUCCAUUAUAAAGAUGACCAGAAUUUUAUGCUUUUGCUUAAUAGUAUGUGACAACCAUACACUUAUUAAUAUGUUUAACUCAUGUCAUUUUCAAUGUUUUAGACUCUAUCCACUAUCUGCUUUUGUUGAGACACUUUUCUUACUAGUGUAUCUAAAACUUUUGUUAUUCUA